AAAAGAAGAGGAGAAGGUUGCGGGAAAUUCUCUCCAACCGACGGCACACUAUUCAGGGAAGCGUUUUUGUUUACGUUAUCAGUAUAGAAAAAAAAAAGUGUUAAAUGGUUUAGCAAUGCACCUCAUCGUCACCAACAUCCCAAGGAGGUUCCGCUCGACCGAUUUGAGGGAUUUCUUCUCGGAAUUCACGGAGAAGGAGGCGUUUAAUUGCUUCCACUUCCGCCACAGACCCCAAACUCAACUGGUCUACAUACUUAAUCGGUCAUCCCAGGCUCAACAUGACUCUGGGAGGGACGAUAAAACUAAUGCGAGCCUCAGCAAUAAUGAAGACACCUCGGAAAGUAGUCAAAUAAGAGACAGCAAUGAUUCCAAACCUGGUGAACCUGACCCUAAUGAACCCACGACUGUCAGAGAUUUUAGACCUGGUGAACCUGAUGUCCCUAAGACUGUCGGAGAUUCCAUACCUGGUGAAGCUGACCCUAAGACUGUCGGAGAUUCCAUAACUGAUGACCCUAAGACUGUCGGAGAUUCCAUAACUGAUGACCUUAAGACUGUCGGAGAUUCCAUAACUGAUAACCCUAAGACUGUCAGAGAUUCCAUAACUGAUGACCCUAAGACUGUCGGAGAUUCCAUAACUGAUGACCCUAAGACUGUCGGAGAUUCCAUACCUGAUGACCCUAAGACUGUCAAAGAGGGUAGUGGAAUUAAUAGUGGACCAAAAUCAGAAGGUGCAAGUGAUGAUUCCGGCUCUCACUGGGUAAACUCAGGCCUGGCUGGUCUGACGUCCCUCAUUAGUGAAAAGAAACAACGAAUCAGACGCUACACUAAAUGGCCACAACACAACACUUACAAGACUUUGAUAGAAAAAGUAGAAAAUCAAGACUCAACUAAAGGAGAAAGGGGAAAAUCGGGGUGUGUUGAAGAGUAUGCUGUGUCCCCCCUAACUCAAACUUUGAGGGGGACAUGUCCCCCUAGUCCACCCCAUGAGUUACGCCCCUGGGCAGACAAAGAAAAGAAAAAGAAAGAUGGCAAACAAAGUGAAGAAGUAGCUCUCUGUCGCCUGAUGGAAAAGGAGGCACCAAAAAGGGCUUGCUGUGUGCUGGACAUAAAGGAUGAACACCAGGAAGCCUUUUAUAAGAAGUACAACCACAAGCACUGGGUGACACAGCACGGAGAAAUCCUGCCCGAGCGCUGCUACCUGCUGAGGGUGGACUUCUCGGGCAUGAGCCGGCGUGACGCCACAAAUGAUGACUACAAGACCCGGCAGGAGCUGAGCGCCCUCAGUCUGGAGCCAGGCCACCCUCUGGACCUUUUUGAGUUCCAGCCUCCCCCAAUGAUGCCCCAAGGGAAUGUGGGCACCACAACUCGCCACUUUCAGGAGUUGAUACGCAGCUGCCAGCUGCCAGGGAGCCUGAUAAAAAAGCUUCGCCUGGGGAAUCCAAAAGGCAGACGCAAGAGGAGGUUUGGCAAGGUUCCCCUUAACUAUGGAACCUCUGUGUCAGCCAGUGAAGAGGACACACAGACCCAAGGGGGAGAGAACAUCGCCUUCACUGCUUCGGGCCACCUCAUCCCCAGCUCAGCAGACUUUGAGGAGGAGAGGAAGAAAUGGAGGAGGAAGAGGAACGGGAAAGGGAUGCCAGCUGAAGGCCCGAGGAUGGAGUUAGAGAAGGAGGCAGAGGACGGGGCUGAGGUAGAGGAGUGGGAGCGUUAUGAGCCCUUCCAUGAGGACGUCACUUCACAAGACCGCAUCAAGGAACGCCGCUUUGAGAAGGAGCUUGAGGUGACGUGGGACAAGGGAAGCUCGGGUCUCGUCUUCUACACUGACGAACAGUACUGGCGGGCACUGGAAGGCGACUUUGAUGAACAGACGACAGAUGAGUGGGACGUGGACAUGUCUGUGUACUAUGAAGAAGGAGGAGGGGACAAAGAUGCUAGAGACGGAUUGGACAUGAUGACCAGUAACCAGUUGAGAGCUGGCAGCCUCCAGCAGUCUGUCUUCAAGAGUAAGAAAGAAAAGGGCGAGGAUUCAGCACAGGCAGCAAAGAAAAGCAAAAAAAAGAAUAAAAGGGCAAGGGACGAGGUGGACACGACGACCAGUAACCAGCAGUCUGUCGUCAAGAAGAAGGAAGAGGAAGGUAAUGGAUCAGCACAGGCAGCAAAGAGAACCAAAGGAGAGAGGAAAAUAGGCCCCACACCACCACCCGCCAUUGGCAGCUUUGAGGCUCACACAAAGGGCUUUGGCCGUCGGCUCAUGGAAGCAAUGGGAUGGAAGGAGGGUACUGGGCUGGGCGCAGGGUCGGCUGGGAUUCCAUAUGCCCUAGAGAAUGAUGGACAACACCCCCGUGAUCGCAAGGGCUUUGGAUAUCACGGAGAGAAGCUACAGGCAUGGAACUCCUCUGCCUCAGCCUCCACACGCAAGCCUCAGCCUCGCCAACACAGCAUCUCCACUGUAUUUGACAGGCCCGAGGAGGCUGACCCCGCUCCCCACCAUCUCAGGGCAGCCGAACCCACCAAGCUUACUCACCGACCCUCGCUCAUGGGCCCAGCACCCCACCAACUCAGGACAGCCGAACCCACCAAGCUUAUCCACCAGCCCCCACUCAUUGACCAAGCACCCCACCAUCUUCUCAGGACAGCCGAACCCACCAAGCUUACUCACCAGCCUCCCCUAAUUGACCUCGCGCCCCACCAUCUUCUCAGGACAGCCAAACCCACCAAGCUUACUCAUCAGCCUCCCCUAAUUGACCUCGAGCCCCACCAUCACAGGACAGCCGAACCCACCAAGCUUACUCACCGGCCCCCUCUAAUUGACCUCGAGCCCCACCAUCUCAGGACAGCCGAACCCACCAAGCUCACUCACCACCCCCCCCUGAUUGACCUCGAGCCCCACAAUCACGAGGCAGCCGAACCCACCAAGCUUAAUGACCGGCCCCACCUCAGUGACCCACAGUCCUCACACUCAGCCCACUGAUUUCCUGUGAUCACUACAUUUUGGAAAAUUAUUUAUUCAUAUAUUUAGAGGUUUUGUAAUCCCAUAAGAAAGAAAAUAAAAGAAUAACAAGAGAGCUUAUAAUAAAGUCCUCAUUUCUGAUCAUACAGCUUGAGGUUUCUUAUUCCCACAAGAAAGAAAAGGAUAACAAAAGAGCUCACCACAAAGGCCUCAUUGCCAAAUGUUGAUAGUGAGUCAUUACUUCAUUUGGGUUUGGUGGGUUUAUUGGAUUUAACUUUUUAUGAGUUAGAAAUAUGCAUAAUUCAGAUAUUAUUUUCAUAAUUUCAAACUCAACAGCCAUGGAGGUCGGCAAGCAUUGUUUCCUUUUUUUUUCCCUUAAACUACCUCCUUUUUCUUAAACAAAAACCAGGAACUACAAAGGUCUCACCAUCAAUACUACCAUAACAAAAGCCUUGUUUCUGGCAUCGGCAAGGUAGUAUUGGAACGUAUUAUACACUUACUUUUAUAUAAAUGGAAGAUGAAAUAAAGCCUUUGGCCCUUUACUUUG